AUGGUUCCCGCUAUUCAAAUUGGUGGUGGUGGUGGUUUUGACAACAUAUGGAUUGAAAUGCGAAAUGGACGAUAUGUGGCCGUCAAGCGUCUUCGAAAUAUUCCACACCCCACACACAUGUACCAUCGCGACAUAAAACCCACGAACAUACUCCUUGGAGAAAACCACGAAAUAAAGCUAAGUGAUUUUUAUCUAUCAAAAACAGAGGAAACGGAAGCUUCGGGUUACGGUGUGAUCGGCACCAUCCGCUAUAUGGCUCCAGAAAGAUAUCGCUACGAUGAUGAUGGCCAUGAGUCAUUUUAUGAACAACUGUGUUUCGGACCGAUUCGAGUCACCCCAGAUUGGGCUGAUAGACAACCGUCACGGGUGGUACAAUCUCUAGAAACGUGGCAUCAUUUUCGAGAGGCUGCAGAGGAGGCCUUUCAUGUCGAACUUUCGGACGCGGAGCCUGAUUACGAACUUUCGGACGCGGAGCCUGAUUACGAACUUUCUGACUGGACAUCACCCUCAGACAGCGAAGAACUAUCGCUCGAAGCUACAUCCCAAGAAAAUUUGCAAGAACUCCAACAGGCAAUGGCUCAAAAACAACGAAUAGCUUCGGAUGAACUGAAGGAGAUGAUGACUAACAUUAGAGAAGGGAAGGAAUUGACAAUUGGGCAGCAAGAAGCAUGGGUCAAAAAGGCAAUCGGCCAAAAAUGGAUUGCGUCGGAAUUCACAUCGGAAAAUGGAUUUGGACUUAAGAUGGAAAUCGACAGCGCAGGCUGGAAGGCUGAACACCAACUCCUGAAGGGCAAAACCGACCUUCAGCCAUUCUAUUAUUCUUUCAUCGAAGGGCUAGGAAAACAGAGGAGUCAUGAAGGAUUUCUGUCAUUCCAGUUUGAUCAGUCCACACGAAAUGAUGUUGCACAAAUGAUGAACACGCUAAUUUCUGCUCCAUGGCAGGGGGCGUUGUCGAUAAGCCGCUGUCGACUUUAUUUUGGGAAGGCCAGCGACCUUCCACCCGAGAAGGACAUGUCUACGUGGACCGGGGCAUGGAAGCAAAUAGACUUUGAUGCUACUCAAAUCGGCGAACUUGGAUCUGGCGCGUUCGGAGUUGUCGAUCUGGAAUUCAGAAAUGGACGGCUUGUCGCCGUCAAGCAUCUUCCAUCCCAUCUACAUAAAAACACCUUCGAACAUACUCCUCGGCCAAAAGCA